AUGGAAAAACUUAAUACAGAUUUUGCUGAGAAGUAUAAAAUUCUUUUAUCUAAAGUAGAAGAACAAGAGUCUGAACUUGAAACGGAUUUAAAGAAUCUCAGAACAGAUAUCUCUAAUCAAAAAAGGAAGUGGUACAACGCCAUCGAACGGCAUUUCAAUAACCUGACUUCUGAAAUAACAAAUGUGGAAAAUAAACACAAGGAUGAAAUAAAAAGAUGCAAGGCCAAAAUAAAUCAGAAUAUUCAAAAAGUGCAACAAAAUAUGGAACAAAUAAAUGACAUCCUUAAAUCAAAUAAUAUUUCUAAAUCCCUUAAGUUUCAAACAGACUUUGAAAUGAAGAUUAUUCCUAAAGUAGAAAUACGAUUACCAACCGUUUCCCCGCUUCGAGUUCCAAAGGAGCUAGUCUCUAUGUGGAUUGGGUCGCUAAGAUUUGAUGCGGAUAAAAUAACAUCAAAAAAUAUCAAACAGAUUCUUCCACAACCUGGGAUCAUCGCCAGCGUAGGCACACAAUAUACCUCUAAUCUUUAUAACGUAUUAGGCUAUACUGACAGACAAAUCUGGACAUGCAGAGACGACUGCUCUAGAAAAGUAUUUCAUUCUGAUCAGAAAGCACUUUUGAAGGCAUUCAGAACAUUGUCCGGCCAUCGUCCAGAAAGCAUAGCAAUCAUAAGUACCGGACAUUUAGUUUAUACUGAUUAUCAUGAAAGAUCUGUGAAUAUUCUGAAAGAUGAAGAAAAGUUCCUUGUUAUCAGAUUAGAAAACUGGAUACCUCACGGAGUUUGCAGUGCUUCCUUUGGUCAUUUCCUAGUAAUAAUGAUCAGCACUGACUAUAAACAAUCAAAAGUUGUCCGUUAUGUUGGCUUCAAGGAGAAACAAACCAUUUCUGCUUUUAAAGGUAUAGUAUCCCUCUAUUUUCAUCAGGAGAUUUUUACAGAUAUGUUACUGAAAACAGGAAUCUGGAUAUCUGCGUAUCAGACCAUGGGGCUGGAGCAGUAG